AUGUACUUACUCGGAGCACCAAAAUUUAAGCUAGCGACUGACCACAAACCAUUACUUCCUCUUCUUAACAACCCCAAAGCGAAAAUUCCACCACGAAUUGAAAGAAUUAUAAUCAAGAUGCAAAACCUGGAUUUUGACGCUAUCCACAUACCAGGAAAGAACAACAUGACCGACUAUUUAUCACGACACUCUUUUCCAGAAACUGGCAAAGACCAUAUUGAGAAGCAUGUCAACGCAGUGAUCCAAGCAGAUCACGCCAUAGUCUGGUCGAAAAUCAAGAAAGCCACGGCAGAAGACAAGGAAUUGUGCGAACUGACCGGAACGAUUGAAACCGGAAAUUGGAGUAAAGCAAAGCAGUUUUUGAAACCCUACUACGAAGUCAGAGAUGAAUUCUUUGUGCCAGCAAAUAUGACAGAGUUACCAGAUCGACCAUGGGAUGUGGUAGAAGCUGAUUUUUGUGGACCACUGCCUAACCACAAAUAUGCACUGGUACUUACUACUUACCGACCAAUAUUCACGGUAUCCAGAAGUGGAGAUGGCAACAUCUACAUCCACAAUACCAGUGACAAAGAAAUUGAAGAAGAUUUUUUCUACCCAUGGAAUACCUCGAUGGGAUUUCACCACAAGCGAGUAACACCAAUACAUCCGAAGGCGCAGGGCCAAGUGGAAAAUUUCAAUAAGCUGAUCAACAAAACAACAAAGAUUCGAGAGUGCAAUAUAUGA